GUGAUGAAGUCAGUUAACCACAGCCUUCAACAUGCUCUGCUCCAGCGGCAGCCCUGGCUCCUUGGUGGUAUCUCGGCCAUGACAUACAUAUGACAUGCCCUCCCUUCACCCACUGGCAGACCGUUUCUCUUGUCCUGCAGCAUGGACCAAAGGGAAAUUCUGCAUAGAUUCCUGGAGGAGGCCCAAAGCAAGAAAACUGACAAAGAGGAGUUUGCCGGUGAAUUUCUGAAGCUGAAAAGGCAAUCCACCAAGUACAAGGCAGACAAAACCUAUCCCACCACUGUGGCUGAGAUGUCCACGAAUAUCAAGAAAAACAGAUAUAAAGAUAUCUUGCCCUAUGAUCACAGCCGAGUAGAGCUGUCCCUGAUAACCUCAGAUGAAGAUUCCGACUACAUCAAUGCCAACUUCAUUAAGGGAGUUUAUGGACCCAAGGGUUAUAUUGCCACCCAGGGACCCUUGUCUACAACUCUCCUGGACUUCUGGAGGAUGGUCUGGGAAUACAGCGUCCUGGUCAUUGUUAUGGCAUGCAUGGAGUUUGAGAUGGGGAAGAAAAAGUGUGAGCGCUACUGGACUGAGCCAGGAGAGCUACCGCGGCAAGUUGGCCCUUUCUCCAUAUCCUGUGAAGCUGAAAAUAGAAAAUCCAAUUACAUAAUCAGGACUCUAAAAGCCAAGUUCAAUAGUGAAACUCGAACUAUCUACCAGUUUCAUUACAAGAAUUGGCCAGACCAUGAUGUGCCUUCAUCCAUAGACCCUAUUCUUGAGCUCAUCUGGGAUGUACGUUCUUACCAAGAGGAUGUCAGUGUUCCCAUAUGCAUUCACUGCAGUGCCGGCUGUGGAAGGACUGGUGUUAUCUGUGCUAUUGAUUAUACCUGGAUGUUGCUAAAAGAUGGGAUACUUCCAGAGAACUUCAGUAUUUUUAGUUUGAUCCAGGAAAUGCGAACACAAAGACCUUCAUUUGUUCAAACUCAGGAACAGUAUGAACUGGUCUACAAGGCUGUAUUAGAACUAUUUAAGAGACAGAUGGAAGUUAUUAGGGAUCAACACUCAGGAACAGAGAUUCAAGCACAGGAUUCCGUUCUUAAGCAAAAUCCCAUUCUAGAAACAGAGUCUUAUUCUCCCAAUUUACCAAAAAGCAGCUUAAAAGAAGCAGAGAUGAUGAAACAACAGAGCAAACCAAGGCUAAGGGUGAAAAGUGCAGAAGUUUCUUCUUUUGACUUCAGGACUUUUGACAGAAGUGAAAAGGAAAGGUUAGCCUUGCACGGUGGUGAACAGAGACGUGCUUUUGACCUUUUGGAACUAAACUGUAGUUCUAACAAAAAUGCCGACAUAACCACACAUUGGGAGACCAAGGCAUUUCCAAUAGCUGGGAAGCCUCUUCAGAAGCAUCAGAGUUUAGAUUGGAGUGCCAUUUUGUUUGGAGCGUGUCCAAAUUCUAAAGCUGCCGAUGUGGCAGGAAGGUAUUUUAAGGCAAAGGCGCCGAUAAUACGGACCAAAUCAACGCCCUUUGAGCUGACACAACAGAGAGACACCGAGGAGUUGGACAUCAAGGAAAAUGUUUCUUGUUUGGAAUCUCUACCCCACAGUUCUUAUCUCGCACAGGCUCAAAAAGCGAGGCAUGCUUCUUUGGCAGAACAGAAUUAUUCACUGCCAUCAGACUCUCAGCCCCAAAUGGGCAGCGCCUCUGUUGCAAAGGGGCAGGACUCUCAGCCUCUUCGUGUAUAUUCUUACAUGUCUGUAGAAGAUCCUUAUUUCUUAUCAUUGUCUCCUAGUAGCGCUGGUUCCAAGAUGUCUCUUGAUUUAUCUGAGAAGCCAGAUGGAAACGUUUUGCCUUGUUCCUCAUUGCCAACAUCUUCUACAACCCUCUUUUCUUCUUACAAUUCACGUGAUUCUUUAGCACUGAGUCCUCCGACCCAAUACCCCUCUCCAAACCCAGAGACAGCAGUAGUAGCAACUUCUCCAAGGAUAGAUGAUGAAGUCCCCCCUCCACUUCCUGAACGGACGCCUGAGUCUUUUAUUGUGCUGGAGGAAGCUGGAGAAUUGCUACUGAAUGUUCCCAAAUCGUUAUCUUCAGCUGAGGAGGCAAAAGUUGGAACAUCACUACAAUGGAAUAGAACGUCUGAGUCAAGGACAUCCAAUGACACUGUGAGACUUAGACCAACUAAGAGUGUAAAACUCCGGAGUCCCAAAUCAGAUCUACAUCAAGAUCGUUCUUCUCCCUCCCCACCUCCACUCCCAGAAAGAACCCUGGAGUCCUUCAUUCUUGCUGAUGAAGAAUGUAUACAAGCUCAGCCUGUAAAGACUUAUUCUACUAGCUGUCCUAAUACCAUGGAAAAUUCAACAUCUUCAAAACAGAUAUUGAAGACUCCGGGAAAAGGUUUCACAAGGACUAAGAGUUUGAAAAUAUUGAGAAAUGUGAAAAAGAGUAUCUGUAAUUCUUCCCCACCAAACAAGUCUGCAGACUCUGUUCAGUCAAAUUGCUCCAGCUCCUUUCUGAAUUUUGGUUUUGCAAAUCGUUUUUCAAAACCCAAAGGACCAAGAAAACCACCACCAACUUGGAAUAUUUAACACAACUUUGGAAUAUAGGCUGCAAGUGCAUCUGCAAAUAAGAGUACUAAAAUACUAUUAGCUAAAAUAAGGUUUCCAUAUUCAUUUCAACAAUGAAGAUAACAUAAUGUGUUAAUAGCAAUAUUAGAAAAGAAUAUUCAAAUAAGUGCCAGAAACUACAUUUUCAUCUCAUAUUGGGCUGGAAACUGGAAAUAAAUGUCACUUGAGCUUAUGUAGAGAACACUGUAUCACUGUAUGAGACACAGUUUUUGAAUGGACUUAUUUUUCAUUUUGGAAGUUAUUUUUAUUCU